UUUAUUCCUAACCACCAUUCCGAGCUCGAGACUCGGACUCAACAACCCACGAAAUAUAAAUGGAGAGGGUUCAGUGAAACUCGGUCCUCUCUUUCUCUCUCACCCGCUCUUUCUUCUCUUUCCAUUAUUCGCAUAUCCAUGGCGUCAGUGGAUACGGAUUCCUUCGUUGAAAAGAUGGAAGAGAAGUUCCACGACAACAACUCCGAUUCCGAAUCAUAUUCCGAUUCCGACGACGACCACGCCAAUAAGCCUCCGCUCAAGGCUUCCGGAUCCAACGUUUACCGCCUGUUCGGCCGAGAACAGCCCGUCCAUAAGGUCCUCGGCGGUGGAAAACCUGCCGAUAUUUUGCUAUGGAGGAAUCGGAGAACCACAGGAAUUGCACUUGGUGCUGGCACUGCCGUUUGGGUUUUCUUUCAGAUGAUGGAAUACCACCUGAUAACUUUCAUUUGCCAUUUAUUGAUUAUGCUUCUCGGUGCACUUUUCUUGUGGUCCAAUGCAUCUGUCUUUAUCCACAAGUCUCCACUGCACAUCCCGCAUGUAGUAAUUCCCGAGGAUUGCGUUCUUGAGGCUGCUUCUGCUAUAAGAAUUGAAAUUAAUCGAGCCUUCGUUCUUUUGCGGGAAAUUGGAACAGGGAGAGAUUUAAAGAAGUUUCUUAGCGUUAUUGCUGUAUUAUGGGUUAUCUCAGUUAUUGGGGGUUGGUUCCACUUCUUGACCUUAUUUUAUCUAUUCUAUUUGUCACUGUUCACAUUGCCACUGCUGUAUGAGAAAUACGAAGACCAGGUUGAUGCAAUGGGUGAGAAGGCAAUGAUUGAGAUAAAAAAACAAUACGCAGUGUUUGAUGCUAAGGUUUUGAGCCAGAUACCAAUAGCAGGACUCAAAAAAGAUUAGAAUACAUCAUGUGUUCGAUUUGCUUACUGUGUUCAGAUGUCAAGUUUCCGAGUCUUAAAUAUACCCUUCUUCCUCUUUUAAUUAAUUCAGUGAAAUAUAGUUUGUCUGAGGAAUAAAAGUCCACUUAGUCCUGGCUUUAGUACUUUUUAGGAUUAUCUUUUUUUCACUUCUGAGUAGUCUUAAAUUAAAUGUCAGAGCACUACCGUUUUGUUGCA